GUUUUCCCACGAUACGAACUAUAAAAAGAUUUCUUUGGCACACGACUUGGGUUAGUAAUACCCGUGUGCAAGCGUGUCGGUACUGGUUGUUGCUCUAUUGUAUGUAGACACACGCUUAUUGCUUAUCCUUGGUUCUCUAUUUAAAAAUUGCACAUUUUACCACAAAAUCAAGAAGUGUUGAAAAUGAUGAAUUCGACAAAAGAAAGUCUGAAGAUGGACUCCAAAAAGUCGAAGAAACCUCAGAUGGAGAAGUUAAGAAGAGCAAGAAUAAAUGAGAGCCUUAAUGAACUGAAAUCGCUGGUUUUGGAUGCUAUGAAGAAAGAUGUUUCGCGAUACUCAAAAAUGGAGAAAGCGGAUAUUCUUGAAAUGACUGUGAAAUACCUCCGCGAAAGUAAGGAUAAACAACCUAAAUCGAAUUCAGACUCCUUAACGAUAGCUAAUUAUCGAGCAGGAUUCAACGAAUGUGCUGCCGAAGUGGCCCGUUAUCUCAUGUCUCUAGAUAACGUAUCAGACGAGCUAAGGGCACAUCUUCUGUCCCAUCUGUCAUCUUACUACUGUUCGCAAACACAACCUAUGAAAUGGACAGGUCCACGCGCUAAUGGCGUGUUAUAUCCAGCCCAGAUGGCUAGAGUACCGUCAAAAGUAAACCCCUUUUCCACCUUUCCUAUACCAACUACGAAUUCUAGCGAGAUGACCUUUCCUUCGACUCAACCCUCUCCUCCUUCUUCCCCUCUUAAUCAACAAGAGGCAGGUCUUAUGAGAAUUAAAGGAACUUCACAAGUAAUUCUAAGCAAUGGCAUGCCAGCAUUACUUGUGCCGAACGAUGGAGUCAAGCUUUUACCCUUAACAUGGCAAAGCACGCACCCCGCAGCUUUUCAAGAUUCUCAGUCUAUAUGGAGGCCGUUUACUAUUUGGUAGGCAAAAUGGGCCUUCAUGCGUGAAUGAAACAAAUGAAAUGGAGCGAAAAGUUAACUUGACAUUAGGCAUUGCAAAGAUCUUAAGACUAUGCAUCGCAUCAUCGGCAUGCAGGCACAAAACAGCACGCCACUUGUUUGGUCUACAAACAAGCGACAACAAAGCCAACUCCACGUGCAUUUCUAGUCGACCUGUUUCCAUUUCCUGAAGUCGUGUUUGUGUUUCUCUAUUAGUCUUGGCAGAACAAGAGACUUUGAGGACUAGAGCCGCUUCUAAUAAUUGUUUUCCAAAUUACCAUACUUUUGUCAGAGUGUAUUACAAAUUUGAAUUCAUUUUAUCGUAAAUACGA